UAUAAUCUAGUCUCUAUACUAUUUCCUUUCCAAUUUCUCAGAAGAUUUGUUGAGAACCUCUUCUAGGCUUUGAAAUGUAUAUAUAUAUUAAAUAAUGGUGUGUAAAUUCCUCUAAUACAUUAAUGGAACAGGAGGAAAUGUAUAUUGCAUAAUAGGUGGUAAAGAACAAUCACCACUAAUCAUUAAGGAAACAUGGUUUUAUAGCAAUUAAUAUAAAAAUGUACAUGAUUUAAAUUGCUAAAAAUGUGUUAGGAAUAUGCCUUCAUCAAAUUAAUAAUGUAUGCUUUUUGCUGUAAGCACUUUGCAAUCAGAAUAGCAUAUAAUAAUAUACUUAAUUUUUGGGGAAUGUUCUUUAAAUGUGUUCAUUAAGAGCUUCUGCCAGGAUAGUCAAACAAAGACAUAAUCUUAAAAUUAUUAUCAUUCUUACAAGUUUUUGUGUUUUUUUUCAGUCCUAAAGUGAGGUUUCAGAAAUCUUUGAAUAGGCAUAUAUAUUUGUUUUGGGGCAUAUUCUAAAUGGCUUUCUUAUUAAUUUUAAAAUAUAUAUUCAUGCCUUGUUCUGUUGUAUAUUCAUGAGAUGCAAUUAAUUCAUUUAAAUAAGAGUUUUCUGGGUAAAAAAGUUAAGGGGUAGUUGAGGGUGUUUCUCUUCUAAUUAUAGUUAUUGUGAAUGUUAAUAUGGUUUGAUUACUGUUUAAUUUUUGUUAUUGGACAUAGUUAAGCCCCAGUGUUUUGAAAAUUAAGGUAACAAAUAGAGGAGAACAUGCAGAAUAGAUCUUAAUUUUGCUAUCUUGUCUAUCUAUUGGUUAGUGCCAACUUGUGAAGUCCAUUAGGAUCUGUAAGAUGAAAGCUUGUUUUUCAAGAUAUCAGCUCCUUCUUUCUGCUUUUGACAAAGUCAUUUGGCAUUUACCCCAUUGCAUUUGGCACUCUUCAUUUUGCUGAUCUAGUUUUGCCAAAUAUGAAAUGAAGUCUCUAGCAAAGACAAAGAAUUUAAAGACCAGAUGGUGGAAGAAAUGCAUCUCAAAGAUCAUAUUAGGCUUUUGUAAAAAAUGCUUGGAUAUUUCUUUCUCCCCUCAGAACUGCAGCUGGCACUUUUAUCGCUGAAAUAUGCUACCGUUUUUUCUUUUCUAAGUUUAUCAAAACAAAUAAGUAAACAAUAAGCAUAUUAGGACCAAGGUUCUGAUGAUCACAAUUUUCAGUGAGAAUAGAAUACUGACUACUGAAGGAAUAAUUAUUGUAUGCAGGCUCCAGUUGUGCAUUUCUUUAAUUUUGCAUUUUUAUAGUAUUUUAUCAGUUUCCUGCAUCUCCCUGUCCAACCAUUUAAAGACACAGAAUUAAAAGUUUUCUUUAAAUAAAGAACCUAAAGACUAAAUACUGAAAGUUCAUAAUGAAUUUAGGAGUGGAAUAAAGAGCUGAUUAUUGGGUUCCAAGAGCAAUGGAAGGCAAUGGCUGACCGUCUUAGCAGACAUUGACAAAAUACAAUAUACUGGACCAUAAUAUGCUUUCAUUUUGAUUUACAUGCCAUAUGACAUCAACCAUGAUGGCUUUCACAAGCUAUGUCUCAAUCACUUUGAGGAAAGAGCUGAUGUAGCUCAGCAGUUUCAGUAUGCCGUGCGAGUCAUUGGAAGCAACUUUGCCCCUACAGUUGAGAGAGAUGAAUUUCUUGUGGCAGAAAAAAUUAAAAAAGAAUUUGUGCGCCAAGGAAGAGAAGAACAUGCUGCUGUAUUUUCAGAGCUCUACAGAAAACUUUAUUCACAGGGCGUUUUGAAAAACAGAUGGUCAAUACUCUACCUCCUGCUUAGUCUCAGCGAAGAUCCGCGUAAGCAGUCAAACAAGGUUUCAAAUUUUGCUACCCUCUUUGCUCAAGCUCUACCACGGGAUGCUCACUCAACUCCUUACUACUAUGCUAGACCUCAGAGCCUUCCUCUGAAUUAUCAAGACCGGAAUGUCCAGCCUGGCAGUAUGGGAAGCAGUGGGAUCAGUAGUAUAGGGAUAUAUGCCCCAAAUGGACCAACGCCAACUCCACCAACAUUUCUUCCAGGACAAUCCUAUCAACGUGCGGGAGUAGGAGAUUGUCUCCGACAACAGCUGGGGACACGGCUUGCUUGGACGUUAACUGCAGGCCAGCCUACGUUACAAAAUUCUACCUCAAAAGGUCUUUCAACCACAGUUUCACGUAAUCAGCCAAGAUCAAGGCGGGAGGGUGACAUAAGUGGAUCUGUUGAAAUAACCGAGGCAUCUCUUGUGAGAGACAUUUUAUAUGUUUUCCAGGGAAUAGAUGGCAAAAUUAUUAAGAUGUUUAAUUCAGAAAACUGUUACAAAGUAGAUGCAAAGGUAAAUCUUUGUAAGUCUCUCAGAGAUACCACAAGCCGGCUUGCUGAGUUAGGAUGGCUGCAUAAUAAAAUAAGAAAAUAUACCGACCAGAGAAGCAUGGACCGUGCAUUUGGACUGGUGGGUCAGAGUUUUUGUGCUGCCUUAAACCAAGAACUUAAAGAAUACUACAGAUUAUUGUCUGUUUUACACUCACAGUUGCAGGUAGAAGAUGAUCAAGGUGUCAAUUUGGGGAUUGAAAGCAGUUUAACCCUUCGCCGACUGUUAGUCUGGACGUAUGAUCCUAAAAUAAGAUUGAAAACUCUUGCAGCUCUAGUUGAUCACUGUCAUGGAAGAAAAGGAGGUGAACUUGCAUCAGCUGUUCAUGCCUACAGUAAAACAGGUGAUCCCUACAUGAAAUCCCUGGUGCAACAUAUUCUUGGCCUUGUAUCACAUCCCAUCCUGAAUUUUCUUUAUCGUUGGAUUUAUGAUGGAGAAUUGGAGGACACGUACCAUGAAUUCUUUGUAGCCUCAGAUCCUACAGUGAAAACAGAUCGGUUGUGGCAUGACAAAUACACAUUGAGAAAAUCAAUGAUUCCUUCUUUCAUUACAAUGGAUCACUCCAGAAAGGUUCUCCUAAUAGGAAAAUCGAUAAAUUUCUUACAUCAGGUUUGUCAUGACCAAAGUCCAUCAUCAAAAAUGAUAGCUGUGCCCAGAUCUGCAGAAUCUCCAAAGGAUGCUGCUGAAAUGUUCACAGAUUUGGAAAAUGCAUUUCAGGGAAAAAUAGAUGCUGCAUAUUUUGAGACCAGUAAAUACUUGCUAGACGUGCUCAAUAAGAAGUACAAUUUACUGGAGCAUAUGCAAGCCAUGAGACGCUAUUUGCUCCUUGGUCAAGGAGAUUUUAUCAGACAUUUAAUGGACUUGUUAAAGCCAGAACUUGCGAGACCAGCUACAACUUUGUAUCAGCAUAAUCUGACAGGAAUUCUUGAAACAGCUGUCAGGGCAACUAACGCACAGUUCGAUAAUCCCGAGAUCCUCAAACGCUUGGAUGUUAGACUUCUGGAGGUGUCUCCAGGUGAUACUGGUUGGGAUGUUUUCAGUUUAGACUAUCACGUUGAUGGGCCAAUUGCAACGAUGUUUACACGAGAGUGUAUGAGCCACUAUCUGAGGGUGUUUAACUUCCUAUGGAGAGCAAAACGGAUGGAAUAUAUUCUUACUGACAUAUGGAAAGGACAUAUGUGCAAUGCAAAACUUCUAAAAAAUAUGCCUGAGCUUUCUGGGGUGCUGCAUCAAUGUCACGUUUUGGCAUCAGAAAUGGUCCAUUUCAUUCAUCAAAUGCAGUAUUAUAUUACAUUUGAGAUCCUGGAAUGUUCAUGGGAUGAACUGUGGAACAAGGUCCAACAAGCUCAGGAUCUAGAUCACAUCAUUGCAGCUCAUGAAGUCUUCCUAGAUACCAUCAUAUCUCGCUGUUUGCUGGACACUGAUUCAAGAAUGCUUCUCAACCAGCUCCGAGCUGUUUUUGAUCAGAUUCUUGAAUUUCAAAAUGUGCAAGACGCAAUGUACCGAGCCGCCUUAGAGGAAUUGCAGCUACGCUUGCAGUUUGAAGAAAAAAAAAAGGAGCGAGAACUUGAGGGUGAAUGGGGAGUAACAGCUUCAGAACAACAAGAAGAGAUGAAAAGGAUGAAAGAGUUUGAAGACUCAAUACCGAAAAUGUGCUCACAGCUGCGACUACUUACUCAUUUCUAUCAGGGCAUUGUACAGCAGUUCUUGGUGCUCCUGACUACCAGUUCUGAUGAAAGCCUCCAAUUUCUUAGCUUUAGACUGGAUUUCAAUGAACAUUAUAAAGCCAGAGAACCGAGGCUUCGGGUAUCUUUGGGCACUAGAGGGCGGCGUAAUUCACACAUAUGAAUUUUUUUCUGCAACAAACAUAACCAGGAUCGCUCACCUGGAUCACUCAAAGUGUAACUGUUGUUGGAUGUAGCAGUGAUGGUUGACAGUAUGAAACCAAAUGGCAUGCAGUAGUGUUUGUCAUUCUUGCAAACAACCUGUUUUCAGUCAUGUGGUUGUGCAACACCAGUAGAGAAAGCAAAAAAGUUUCAUUUCUGUAUUUAAUAAGUGUUACAACUAAGUGGAUUUAAAUUGUUUCAGUUUUCUUAAGAUAUUGAAAAAUCACUAUAUUUUGUUUGGACCAUCUGAGGAACUAUCCACUGUAAUUUUAUAUUUGUCUUUAGGACAUCAUUUCCACUUAUAGUAAGCACUGUUCCCAGGUUUCCAUUUGAACUUGGAAACCAGUUUUAUGAAAAUUUGCUGCUGGUCAAAAAUAUGUAUCCAAGGUGUUUUUUGUUUGUUUGGGUUUUUUUUUUAGUGGGGAAAAUAUGUCACAUAAAUUACUUACAUUAAUAUUUUCAGCAUUUUCAAAGCAAUGAUUUAUUUUUCCAGAAAAUUUUUAACUGCUUAUACAGAAACAUAUUAGAAACAUAACAUGCACAAAUAUCCUAAAAUAAAGAAUUCAGUGCUCUCAAAUGAUUAAAGUUGUAAAUAUGAAAUAGAUGUGAAUGAAGUAUUUUGUGUUCAAAUCGGAUGUAUGCAAAAUUAAUUUGGAUAUUGAAGACUACUUAUUUCUCUUUCCUUGCCUAUUUUUUCAUUGUAAAUAUUUAUAUAUUGCUGUCCAAAUAUUACAGGGAAACACUUUUGUAAAGAAGCCACUAUAUAUCAAGUCAUUCAAUUAUCCAUUUGUUAUAUUCACAGGUAAAAUCUUAGAAAAUAAACACAAUUAUCUUUCAAA